AUGUCCAAUGCCCAAACGCAGGCGCAAACUCUAACCAGAAAGCCCAUCACAGCGCAGCGCAGCGCGCAGCGGAGCGCAGCACCAACAGACUUGGCCAUGUCGAGACAGAAGCAAGGCAGGCUUUGGUCAAGUUCCGCAUACCACGCCUCCUCUUCCCUGCAGCCCGCCACGCAUUGCCGCACGAGCAAAACCUUGGGCGCCACAGAUGACGGUGGUGGUCAUGGUGGUGGUGAGGAUGGGCGUGGUGAGAAGGGUGACAAAAUCCAGAUGAACAGCAAUGCCAAUGACGAUGAUAGCGACGAUGAUGAUAACAAUGGCGGCGGCGGCGGCAUCGGCCGCGGUGGUAGUGAUGGUAAUAAUACUGCCGUCGCUUGGGUGUGGGGAAGGCAAGAGAGCCAGACAGAGGGUGGACAAAAGUUGCUCCUGGCCAUUUCCUCGCCCCCGUCCGUCGCCCACAACGCUCAUUGCCAAACAACCUUUGACUCUGCAUGCAUCGCCCUUGAAUCAACCCCAGGCACGCCGUCUGCCAAACCCCCUUUGGACUGA